AUGGCGCGGAGAAGAAAAACACCGCCUGCGGCGGCCCCGGAAAGGGACCGGUACGGAAUGACAGAAUCAAGGCAGCAGUUUGAACCGGGGAUCCGGGAGGAGGCAAUAGCCUCUUGGAUCCAGAUGCUUCGGAGGGAGGAGGAGGCGGCAGCGAAUGAGCCUUGUCGGCAGCGGCGUAUGACGAGAGCGUUUCUUCUCCUACGGGAGGAGCCGCCGGAGAUGCAGCCGGUGGAGGAAUCCAAGGCCGUCAUCACAUUUGAGAGCCUCAUCACGGCGCAAUCUGUCGGGCCGCUCAUCAUUGAGCAUAUCUUCGCCUCGGGGGGGUCGGCCUUGAGGCUGGCUCUCACCUCCAAAAGGAUGUGGACCAUACUCGGGGCCAGCGUGGAUUACUUCGACUUCUUCGCCGGCCGUCUGCAAAACCUGGGGCCCUCGGGCGUCUUCGUCACCACGGCGCCCGAGUUCACCCUGGGGGAGAUGAUGGCCACGCGGCUCACGGAUCCGUACGGCUUCGGGUCUGCGUCCGUGCUUAGCCUCGCCACUCCCUUCACGGACUGGCACAAUGCCGCCCAUACAAGGGAAGAGGACGUGAUUGCCACGCUCUACAUGGUACGGAUGAGAAUGGACGGGCUGCCAGCGCCGCCGCAAUUCCUCGAGCGCAUCCUCGAACCGCGCAUCUUGGAGGCGAUCCGUACCAUCAAGGAUCCAAAAAAGAUCUUCAAGGCAAAUCAAUUUACAUCACUUCCGUCCCAGCAAAUUUUUGAGCCGCAAAUGAUCUAUUCUGCAACUCGCCUGCAGCUUUUACUUGUGGAACUGUUUAACCAUCGAAAGAAGACGCGAGUUCUUCACUUUCAUAACACUCCAUUCUUUGACCGACGCAUACUCGCGAUUGUGCUGCGGGCCAGUCCACAUGUCACGAUGCUGGGGGUCUAUAACUGCCCCCUUAUUCAUUUUGGGGACUUGAUUCCCAUUCUCGACUUAAUCAGUGAGAUCAACAAUGAGAGGAGGAUGGGGAAUGUGCCACUUAUUACAGCAUUUGACUUCUACCCAAGCUUCCACCGAGGCUUGGCUACAUCAGCGGGUCAACGGUCGACCUAUGGCCUGACAGCAGACUCGCUAGAUCGAGAUAUUGUUCAAAGGGGCCUCUACGCAAUUUUACUGAAAGGCUUCCUGAAAGCGCGACACAUGAAACUUGACAUGCUCUUUAAGCCGGGCAACGCGCUGAGGGCGUUUCUGUUGCGGCUACCUAACCCUCCCCUGAGCAUCCCUACCUUUUUCGACGGCCUCCGGCGAUACUUGGAGAGAGAGGCAUCUCUGGUGAAGAAGCGUCAUGCUCUUUUCGACCUGACCAAGCCUAUACGGCUCGGCCUCGAACGGAACCUUGAGAACGAGUCGUGGUAUCAGCAGGAAAUGGGCACCUAUCUGCUUUUUUGCAGCUCCUGUGGCUACGAAAUGUUGUACGAAUUUUUCCCCGCCGGAGACCGUGGACUCGACCCGUAUCGCAGGGUAUGCGCAGGCUGUAGCCUGCAAGAUUUACUUGACCAGCAGCCACACGACAUGCGUGACUGGAAGGUAGGUAUGCUGGCUCAGCUUAUGCCCGAGUGGAAUGGUAUGGACUUCAACAAGGACGCCCCAAGCGGCGGCCAGGAAGAUGCGGAAGGCGGUCUGAUGUGGCUCCGAGAGACGGCGACGUCUCAGAACGAGCCGUCGCCUCUCUAUGUCAACGCAGCGGGGGAGCUGACAGCCAAGCCUUACGUCCGCCGGGCCGCGCGCAACAACAAGCGUCCAGCAGAUUCAUUGCAGAGUCUACCCUCGUUGCAGGCCUUGGUCAAGGAUGCAGCCUUUGAUCGUCGCUGGGCAGACCUGUUUAACCACUGUAACUGGGCAGACCUUUUCGCCCGCGCCAGGCGCCGAGUCCACGCCGAAUCAGCGCACAUGGGCAAGGGGAAAAAUGCGAGCCUACCAAGAGACUCGUACGGUGAAGUCUGGCAUAGGGAACGUCAUGCUCGAGAGCUUCAGAGCUUCAACCACACCACAGCAGUUCAUUUUCAUCUGGCUCUGGAGGCAAAAGGGUGGUAA